CGACACUUCUCCGCCCCCAUUCAUUAUCAAUAAAUGCUCCCUCCCUCCCAAAUGAGCCUCUGAUGUGAAACCACCGCUUCCGCCUACGACGGCCGGCGAGCAAUGGGUCAGCGCCUGAGCUGCCGAGGCGGGGAGGAGCAGGGGCUGUUCGCUGCAGCUCAGCUCGGCGAUGUCGACGCCGUCGAGGCAGCUCUCCAGAGGGAUUCAUCUCUUAUUUCUCGCGCCACAGUGUACGAUCGCAACUCGCUUCUGCAUAUUGCAGCUGCCAAUGGCCGGAUCGAGGUUGUUUCUCUGUUGGUGGAUCGAUCUGUUGAUGUGGAUGUAUUGAAUCGGCAUAAACAGACUCCAUUGAUGAUGGCUGCAAUGCACGGCAAGAUCUCGUGUGUUGAGAAGCUGAUCGAAUCCGGCGCCAAUAUAUUGAUGUUCGAUUCGCUCAAUGGAAGAACAUGCUUGCACUAUGUAGCAUACUAUGGGCAUUCCAAUUGCCUGCAGUUCAUCCUCACCAUCGCCCGGGCCUCCCCAGUUUCAUCUUCUUGGGGAUUUUCACGAUUCGUGAAUGUUAGAGAUCGUAAAGGGGCGACGCCAUUGCACUUGGCAGCCCGUCAAGGACGCCCUCAAUGUGUUCAUUCUUUGUUGGAUAACGGAGCCAUUGUUUGCGCUUCGACCGGCGGAUACGGUUUUUCGGGAAGCACUCCCCUUCAUUUGGCUGCAAGAAGUGGUUCAAUCGAUUGUGUUCGAGAAUUGUUGGCUUGGGGCGCCGAUCGAUCCCAUAGAGACGCAUCGGGGAGAAUUCCGUAUACGGUAGCUCUAAGGCAUCACCACGGAGCGUGCGCGGCUUUGCUAAACCCGGCAUCGGCGGAGCCUCUCGUGUGGCCGUCGCCGUUGAAGUUCAUAAGCGAACUUAACCCGGAGGCGAAAGCUCUCCUCGAACGAGCCCUCAUGGAGGCAAACAAGGAUCGAGAAAAGGCGAUCUUGAAGGGAACGGUCUACUCAUUGCCGUCUCCGUCAAACUCCGAAUUAGGGAUCGACGACGAUAUCUCCGAGGAAAGCGACGGAGACGUCGAUCUUUGCUCGAUAUGCUUUGACCAAAUAUGCACGAUCGAAGUUCGAGACUGCGGGCACCGGAUGUGCGCGCAAUGCACGCUCGCCCUAUGCUGCCACAACAAGCCGAACCCGGCGAAUUCUUUCCCGCCGUCGUCAUCGAUUCCCAUUUGCCCGUUUUGCCGGAGCAAUAUCGUCAAGCUCGUCGUCGCUCAGGUCAGGCCCGACAGUGACUCGAAACCGCGGAAAUCGUGGAGGUCCCGUCACCCGAGCGAGGGAAGUAGCAGUUUUAAGGGGCUUUCGACGUCCUUCGGAAAACUCGGCCGCGGCUCGGGUAGGAUCGUCACUGAUGACGAGAUCCUCGACAAGCCUAUAAGCCUCGAUACGUAGCGGCACCUCUCGCCGGCGACCGGCGGCAGGUAAGCAAUGAAUGUGAGAUCCAAGAAGUCAUCACCAAGAGAAAUGAGCUAAUGGCUGAUUGUGUAAUGUUGUAUUGUUAAGAGUAGAUUUUGAGGUAUUCUUUUUUGAAUGUUGGUAAUAUUUUAUUUUUGAUGGUGAAAAUUGUUGGAAUUCAAUAAAAAGGGUUGAAAAAUAAGUGAAAUUUGGGGGUGGGGUGGGGUGGGGGUGUACGUUGGUUGUUUGGAUGUGUAAGAAUUAUCAAUUGUUGUUAUAUGUUGAGACAAAAAUAAUUGUUGUAAUAAUAAUUUUUGUUGGGUAGUAGUAGUAGUAGUAGUUGUAUUUUAUGAUCGUAUGGUAGGAAUUAAUUAGUAUGGUAUUUCUUGUGCUGUGGCUGAUCCAUGUGAUAUAUAUAUAACGUUAUGUGUA